AUGUCUCGUUCAUUCUUAGUGGACGCGUUAAUUAGUGAGACGAAGGAUUGCAAGAAAACGGAUUUGUCUAAUAAUCCACUGCAUACUUACACAAAUUUAAUGUCGCAUCAUUUAGACACAAGGCCAAAGUUUCUGCCAUAUCCUUAUCCAGGAGGAUUAAAUAAUCUGUUAACUCUUGGGUUGCAACAUCAACAGCGAACGCCGGAUUUAUUCAGACCGUUUUUAGAACACCUAAACUUUCGGUAUCCUCUCAUUAAUCAACUUCCUCGUCAGCCUGAAGUUUACGAACCAGUCCAGAAUGAGAGUCGUUCAUUUGAAACUUAUUUCAAAUCUGAAGAUGAACCAGUCAAUUUUGUGAAUAAAAGAAAAAAGUCAGUUUCUCCGUACUUGCAUCAUCCGUAUAAACCUGUUGCUAUAUCGCCUUCAAAGAGCCAAGGUCAGAGAUCACCGUCUUUAUCCAGUGAAAGUAGAAACGGUACGCCGAGUCCGCCACUAGCUCAUCCCGAGGAACUUCUCCCGGGCUACUCCAAGGAUCUAAAACGGAUGCCCUUGAAAGAAGAUUCUAGUAAGCGUAUACGAACAGCCUUCACAGGAACCCAGCUUCUAGAAUUAGAAAGAGAAUUCUCAAUGAACAUGUACUUAUCGAGAUUGAGAAGAAUCGAAAUCGCUUCUAGGCUGAAAUUAUCUGAAAAACAAGUGAAGAUCUGGUUCCAGAAUCGCCGUGUAAAGUUGAAGAAGGAAGAGAGUCCCAUGACUAGCGACGGAAUGAACAAGAAAUGCUGCUGCUCGAAGGCUUCUUGCUCUUCCAAAAACAGUUCGACAUCGUGUGAAAACGACCAGGAACAAAUAGACGUGGUCAGCGACCAUGACGGAAGUUUCGAAGCGCAGAACCUUUCAAGAUAUUCGUGA